AGGAGAUUGCGAGGAAGGACAGUCUUGUUACGCCACCCCCCCUCCUGACUGAGAGCAUUUAGAGUGCAAAGACUAACCCAAAUACCAGAGACAACGCAGAGCUGCAGACUCGGAGGCAGCUCAGGGGACGCAGGCAUGAACGACAUCAAGCUGGCCCUUCUGGGAAGUCAGGGGGCUGGGAAGUCAGCUGUCCUUGUGCGCUUCCUGACCCGGCGCUUCAUUGGCGAAUAUGCGUCAAACGCCAACUCGCUCUAUCAUAAAAGGCUGUCCAUCGAUGGCAGGCAGCUGAAUCUGGAAGUUUUUGACCCCUGCUCUCAGAGCUCGGAGGCCAGGUGCAUACUGGAGGAACCGGUGGACUGGGCAGACGGCUUCGUGGUGGUCUACAACAUCAGCGACCGCACUUCCUUCAUCAACGCCAAGAACAUCCUGCUGCAGAUCCGAGAGUCUCGCACGGAGAAUUGCAAAGGAGAAAUGGACAUUCCCAUAUGUCUCGUGGGCAACAAGCAGGACCUGUGCCACGCCCGGCAGGUUCGAGAGGACGAGGCCCGCUGCCUGGCUCAAGAGAACCGCUGCCACUUUCAGGAGGUCUCAGCGGCUGAGAGCUAUCAGGACAUCUCCGGCCUUUUCACGCAGCUCAUCCGGCAGGUGAUGGAGCACCUGAAGUACAGAGCCGACCGGCGGCGCUACAGUGGCUCCAAGUCCAUGGCCAAACUGAUUAACAACGUGUUUGGGAAGAGGAGGAAAUCCGUGUGAAGACGUGAGGCAGACUGACUGACAGGAAACAGAUGAGGGGUCACGUGACGCUACAGAAACCCAGCAAAGACGCGGACUCUGACAACGACCUCAUCCAUCACUGGGAACAAAGAGCGGCCUUUGUAUCAUCACACUCCAAACACAGGCUCCUUUAAAAUAAGUCACAGUUUAAGAUUUUCAAAACAAAAUCUUACAGUGGGGUCAGUUAAAAUAGUCUCACCAAGAAUUCUUAUUUUGAGAACAAACUUCUAUCACUAAGGGGUAAUUUCUCAAACUAAGAUUAUUCUUUCAUUGAAAAUAUUCUUGAUAAGAUGAUUUUGCUUGGAAGACAGAAAACAAGACAGUAUUUUUCUUGAUAAAAGAGCCGUUUUACUUUCUUAAGAUUUCGUUUUUGCAGUGCAGAGAAACGUUUCCAUACACAGAUAUUUGUUUUUGCAUGUCAACCACACACACACACACACACACACACACCCACACACACACACCCACACACACACACACCCACACACACACACACACACACACACACACACACCCACACACACACCCACACACACACACACAUACCCAUCUAAUAAUCUAACUUUGACUCUUUAAUGUCCUCCAGUCCGUCUAGCAGCUCGCAGUUUAAAUGUAGAUCAGAAUCGGUGCACGGAGAUUGAACCUUUGGGUUGCACUUCAUCCAAGCCAUUACUAUGUCUUUAAAAGGGCUUAUAUGACUUUUAACCACAUAAUAUUUGUAUAAAUGGCUUAAAUGUUUAUUAGUUUUGCUGUUAAAACUACCAUACUCUGUGUAUUCUGUAUAUAAUAACUUGAAUCAUAGAUAUUUAAAUGUAAAUCUAAAACCAGUUAAAUAAGUGAAGAAAUAUAAUCUGUUAUGAGUCAGUGAUGUCGGAAAAACAUGUCUUACAGGUUAAAAAGCAACGGCACAGCAACAGAGCUGUAAAGAUAAAUGGCAGUUCAUUAAACACUUUCAAUUUGAACUUUUUCUUCCUUUGUUCGUUGAAAAGACAGAUCUGUGAGCAUUUGUCAUUAAAAAAAGGACCAUAAAGUUAAAUAUUUCUUUAAAUCACUACAAUUAUAUUACAAUUUGAUCCUUCCAUCAAAUAUUUUUCUGCUAAAAAAUGAAUGAAAAACUGAGAAGCUGCAUCCAAAGAAGCACUGCUGCAUUCCCAAACAUUUCCACCAGGUGGAAGCACAGAGUUUCCACCAUUUCCCUUUGGAAUGUUUUCCUCUACUUACAGAUCUUGAUAAACAGCACAGGGAAUCAUUUCAGAAGUGUUCUUAUGAAAGCAUCUAAAAUGACAGCAUGUGUUGGUGCUGGUAAGGAAGACAGAUUUGGUUUUUAUGCACAUAAGCUCCAGCAGCAUAGCUUUUGAAAAAAGGAGAAAACGAAGGAGCACCAGCGAAACUAAGGACUAAACUGACAACCUGGUAAAUUUAGGUAGUUUGUUUGUGGAACUGAGACAAAUAGCAAUGCCAAUGAACAAAAAGCGGAACAAAAACAGAGAAGGUAAUGUAUAUUUUCACAGGAGAUGCAAAAGACAUGAUAACACAGUAAAAAUAUAUGAGACAAAUCUCAUUUGACAGAACAAUUCACAGAAGUAAUCAAUCUCCAAAGUAAUAUUUCUUAAUAUCUAUAAAAUAAACAUGAAAAAAAACACAAUUAAAAAAAAGUUGAUCUAAAGACAUCUUUUAAGGAUUUCUUUCAAAGUUUUUAAGAACAAGUACAUGUACAAAGAAGACCUUUUGGCACAUCCCUUAAUGGGUGGCCACAGCCAAUCAGCAUUCACUGGUUCACACAGAUGAGAGUUUGUAUGCCCUUCCUGACACAACCCUAGGCAGCAGCAAGAAGGGUCUUAACUAAAGACACACACUGGGUUUGGCUCAUUGCACACCCUGGGAAGCUAACCAGAGCUACGCCCAACCAACUGAACCAUCCAGCCACUACAAACAACAAAAUAGGAGUGUUGGAUUGAAAAAAAUGUAGGAUGAUAAAAGAGCAUUAUCAUGUCAACAUUUAAGUUUGGAUUUACAGUUUGAACUCAAAUCUAAAUAAAAGCUCAUAAAAUCUAA